GUGACUGCAUACCAGCACCAAGCUGGUACUUGGUAUGUUUCAUCCUUUUCCUGCGUCGUAGGUAGCAGAACGGACGAACAAUUUUGCACCGUGUACCUGGAGAUGCACAAAAGCAGUGUGGCAAUCGGGAAAAUUGUUACAUUCGUUUCGUUCUUCACUGGUAACGGUGUCCUUUCGCCGAAAGGGUCUAUUGCAGUUACGGACGAAGAGUGAAACCGCCGCGUAACGAUGGGACGUGGUCGACCAAGAAAAGAAACACCGGCCGAAGGCGAAGGCCCGGCAGCGAAAGUCCAUCGUACCAGAAAGCUUGAAAUCCCGUUGGCAACGUUACCGAAGCUAUCGGGUAAUGUGCUAGCCUGUGGUCAGGGUGAGAUGGGUCAGCUGGGCAUGGGCGAAGACAUUAUGGAGAAGACGCGGCCCGCCAUCGUUGAGGGCCUUUCGGAUGUGGUGCAAAUAUCGGCCGGCGGUAUGCACAAUCUGUGCCUCACGCGGCAUGGCACGGUGUAUUCGUUUGGUUGCAACGAUGAAGGUGCACUCGGCCGGGACACGUCCCAAGAGGGAUCCGAGUUUGAACCCAAGCUGAUCGAACUUCCAGGAUCGUGCGUGAAAAUUUCGGCCGGCGAUUCGCAUUCCGCCUGCCUGCUAAACGAUGGUCGCGCAUAUGCCUGGGGCUCAUUCCGGGAUUCGCACGGAAACAUGGGACUUACGCUCGAAGGCAACAAACGGUUACCGAUCGAAGUGUUACCGGGUAACCGGUGGGUGGAUAUCGCAUCCGGUUGUGACCAUCUGGUGCUGCUGUCCGAGCUGGGCCACAUCUACACGGUGGGUUGUGCGGAGCAGGGUCAACUUGGUCGUGUAUCGAUCCGCGCCGCAUCAGGUGAAUCUCGACGCGGCAAAACAGAGCUUUUACAGCCGGGUAUAGUGACACGGCGCGGCAAAAUGAUUGUGGCCGACGCUGUUUGGGCCACCACGUACUGCACGUUCUACAAAGAUCAUCAAACCGAACGCGUAUUCGCCUUCGGAUUGAAUAACUAUUGCCAGCUCGGUAUACCGAAUCCAAGCGAGCACGUCGUCAAACCGGUGUUCGUACCGGAACCGACGAGUUUCAGCGAGGUGUUACAGAUUGCCGGCGGACAACAUCACACAUUGGUAUUAAAAACGGACCACAAGGUGUACGCCAUCGGACGGAAGGAGUACGGACGCCUCGGGCUAGGAAGCAACGUCACAGACGACGCCAAAACGCUGCAACCGGUAGAUUUUUUCGCCGACAAGAAGGUGGUCAGUGUGUGCUGCGGUGAAAGCACCUCGUUCGCCGUCACUGACAAGGGCGAACUGUAUGCCUGGGGUAUGGGUUCAAGCCUGCAGCUCGGCACGGGGUCGGAAUCGGACGAAUCCAAACCAGUGCUUAUCACCAGCAAGCAGGUGGCGGGUAAAGUGGUCCUGAAGGCGUCCAGCGGCGGACAACACAGUUUGUUCCUCGUGCAGGAACCACCGAGCGUAAAGGACAAAAUGUCACCGAAAGCUGCCGCCGUGAACAAGAAGACUAAAACGGAUGCUUUGGGUACGGAACCGGCAAAUGGUGUAGCGAAACAUUCCGAAGCCAGUAAUGGUGAUGAAGCGGCAACGACGAGUACGGUUCCCGAACCAACAACGAAUGGUGUAAAUACGGAUGUUCCGGCGGAUGAUGCGAGUACUGGAAAGGGAAAAGCAACAGCUCCAGCGAAAACAACAGCCGGCAGUAGCAGCAGCAGUGGUGGUGGUAGUAGAAAACGGAAAAUCCAAUGAGCACGGAACGGCUCGUUGCUUUUGGUAGGAAACUUAACAUAAUUCGUAAGCUACUUCUCCUAAGUAGCCAGUGGUAAUAGGACAUUAGGUAGCGCCGAUAAGAAAACAUCAUUGAAGUUCUUUGUGUGCCGUGUUAUAUUUAUCUGAAAUGAUGUUUUAGCUAGGAAGUUGUAGUUUCGUCAUAGUAUCUCUGUUUUUUCUUUCUUUUUCGUUCUCUUUGUUUAUUAAACCCACCAGGCGAUAGUGUCGUGUUUGUGCUUUUUUGUUUGUUUAUUAGCCAUUUAUUCUUUCCUUGCUACCGGAGAUUUCGUGUAUCGAUUUAAUAUCGAUAACAGCAGGAACACUAGGUAAGAGUUUUCAUGACUGCAGCCUGGCCCUUGUGCUUAUUUCUCAGCCCUACGAAACACACAGCUCAGUUCAGUGAAUCGCACGAUCUUUUUGUUUGUUUUACUCCAUGGGAGUGGUACCGUAGUGUAUUGUAUUAGGAAGUUCCUGCAAGCCCAGUUAAUUGGUGGUGACAAUAGCUUAUUUUAAAUGGCAAAAGACACGAAAACGCACGAGUAUUGAAAAAACGUGCCACUAGCCGUUAGCACAGUUAGGUAGGUUUUUAAGCAAUCUUGUUGAUAAGUAGAACUUAUUUUUUUCAAUUUUGUUCUGUGAAGAAAAAGUUGCUGUAAUAUGAAAUCGACUGAGCAAAGAUGCGAAUAAAAUAACAUGAUAAAUGAUUUUGAUAUAAAAUA